AUCAGGUACGCUGCUGAACACUCUCCGAGGACGAUAAGGAUAGGAUGAGCGUGAGCGACGGCACGGAUAACCAGUGCUGCGAGACGACAACCGAGCCUUACGGAGUCGCCAUGGGAGACGUCCUCGCCAAAGGAUACUACAACGAUGAGGAAAAAUUGAAAACAAGUGAGCAAAGCACUGACGAUUCCGAGGACGAAGACUCGCGAUUGUCGAGCGAACGUCAAGCCGCGGACGGCGCUUCGGAUGCCCUCGAUGACAUUUCCUCGCCCAUCAAUCUUUCUAGGCUAGCGCACACGAUCGUGGACGAUCCUCCUGGAAAUGACAGCUUUGACGAUACUGCACUCAGGAUAGAGCCUCAAGUCGCCAAUUUAACCUCCGCUGAAUCUACCUGUACAGAUACAGAACAUUCUCUUGAUUGUUCCUACGCCGUUUGUCCCAAUGAUUGUUCCCAACAUCCAGACAGUUUUUGCCCAUGUGAUACUUGUAAACUGUGCAAACUGAAGAGGGCGAUGAUAGACGAUGAACUGAAACGAGAAAUUCGAUGGCACAGACUUUGGACAGAAUUGAGAGAUCACAUACGAUCAGUUUUCGAAGCUGCACUCGAGGCUACGGUUGAACCGAAUACUGUACAAUAUCAGUGCGAUCCCUGUAGAUUGAAUCAGCUUCGAGAAAAUGUUGUUCAAAUGUGCAAAAGAAAUUCUCAGCAGUUGCUGCUUAUGCUGAUAGUACAAGCUCAGGAAUUUGUGGUCGAGUUGAAAAAUCGAAUCAAAGAAACUCUCCACGAUCAUAGUUUGACUAAUGUUGCAGAAAUUUUCCUCACCAGAAUCCUUGACGGCUACGAUGCUUUUGUUUCUACAGCAAAACAAGUCUCAGAUUUAGUGAAACCUGUAGAAGAAAGGCAUUUGUUAAAAUUCAAUUUAACGUGGGAAUUUUUUAAUAAAGCACUUUACGAAAAUCAUAUCUGGAUUUCGGAGCCGUCGAUGCGAAACGUCACUGGUUCGUUUACAACACAAUUGACAAAAUCGCGGAAGCGUCACAGUUAUCAGGCACUUUUCGAGAGAUACGUGGCAUUCGUCGCGGAGAUGAUGAGGGUGGCUGAACUGUGGCCCGAAACGGAACGUUUAAUCGUCAAGUGGAAUGACAAGCAGACUGCCGAUCGGGGGCGCGCGUCAGAUAUUUCCCCUUUGGAUUCGAGCAAUGUUUCUUCGAGUACGGAUAUUCUGCCGCGAUCGCAGGAUAAGUGCGAAGGUUCCAACGAGGAGGAAAUCGCUGAGGGAACGUUGCGGACUCCGGACUCUGUUCCCCAUUCGUUAAGUAACGGCACGAGCGUCAAUGUCAGCACCGAAACUAACGGGAAGGAUAGCUUCUCGUCUCUUUCACCGAUCACCAGAGCUGCAAAAGCGAUAGUACGCAAGGAUUUCGAAGCGGAAGAUCGCAAAGGACUUUUAAAGAAAAGGGCAAGCACGGGGAGCAUUGCAAAUAAUCCUUUGCAUGAAUUAGACGUUGCGUUGCGACACAGAACCGAUAUCGUACAGGAAAUUGCAAACGAUUUCUCUGAAAGUAUGGAUCGUGAACCGGAGCGACAAAUGUGUCAGUGUAUUUACGAGCACAUGAGGGAAAUCGACGAAACCGGUCGAACCUGGUGGUCAGAUUCGCCUUGUUUGUGCGUCCUAAAUUUACGGUGGCUGUGCGGUGUUAGUAAAGCUUGUCCGUGUCUCUCUACUGCACCAACGACAAAAUCUUUACUCAACGAAAGGCCGGAAUCUCCUACGUCGACAACACUCACGACGCCAACUGUAAAGCAAACGAGGCAUUCCACCACUCAAACAGCAAACUCCAUGAUAACAGACUCAACUUCGGUCGAAGAGGAAGAAGAAACUACGUCGAACGGUUCCUUAAUAUCAACUGCGACGGCGACGACGACGACGAUGACGACGACGACGACGACAACAACACCGACUUUACCACCGACGACGCAUAAUCAUAAUCACAACUCGCCUCACCAGGGCCCUUGUUCCACACACAAUCACUUUCACGGAACGUCGACUGACUCGACCAAAAGCACGGGAUCGAGCCAUCGAGCUCACAGUCACAACAAUCACGCGUUACAUAUUUAUCGAAAACAUGCCAAGGUCGAGGAGAUCAAGAGGAUAUUAUGUAACGAUUUGAGUCCUGGCGACGGUGAUUGUUCAGAUUCGGGAAGUAGCCAAGAAGACUCGUGCUCAACGAGUAGUUCAACACCCCGAGAUUCUAGUAGGCAUUGUGAUUGUUGCUAUUGCGAAGUUUUCGGUCCCGGUCUGCCAUCAGUCGCCCCGGUCAGUAGAAAUUAUAACGAAAUGCGUGAACGAUUGAGACAAUUGUUAACGAAGAAAAAGGCGAAAAAGUGUAAGGCCCCAUGCAGUCCACCAAAAAGUCCCGCCGAAUCGUCGAUCGCCUCGAGCACGAGUACAGAUCACAAAGCAACACCUCCAUUGCGGAGUGCUCCCUCGAGAUCGAAUACCCCGAUACCUCUAGUUUCAACGAUUCAACCGGAACAGAGAGAUCAACGGGACCUCGAAGCUCUUCUUGAGUUUAUCGAGGGUAACCAAGGUACAAAAAAAGACAAUAAGAAGACUGAGAAGAAAGCUAGACAGAAACAACGUAAGCUCGACGAGAUGCUAAGGAAGGAGAAGGAAGAAGCUGACAAGCAAAAACUUAUAGAAUUACAGAAAAAAACGCCUGAAGUUACGAUCACGGUGGUAGAUCCCUUAAAACCGAUUUCGCAGAGGUUGCCUCAACGCAAUUUGCCUGAAGUUUCAAUACUGCCGGCCACGGUGACACCAGUUGUGUUAGCUCCUCAAAAUCAGGCGAAUACUAGUAAAAAGAAGGAGAAACAGGCACAGAAACAGCAACAAAAACAGGAGAAGCCAGCGGAGAAAUUUGUAGAUACGAAUAGCGGGAAAAGCAAAAAUUCUACGAUAUCGGUAACGCCGAUCAAUAUGAACGUUUACGAUUUCGUUGUGCGUGAUAGCGCAACUGAUAAAACGAAACGUGGUGCCAAAUCCGACAAUGGGAAAAAUGUUAAAGUUGCAAAUUCGAAGAACGACAAAGUACAAAAUGUCGUGCCCGCGCCGGUUGUUGUCCCGCCUGCAAAUAAUGAUACAGAAGUUAAAUUGACGAAAAAGGAGAGGAAGAAAUUGAGGCGUGAAAUGAAAAAGUUGGAAGAGGCCGAAACGAAAGAACCGGAAGUCGUAGUGAGUCCAGAUAACAAACCGCAAAUUGUGACAAUCAAGCGCGUCAUGGAAUCGAACAAUGCUGAACCGACUGUCACUAUAACUCUUAAAGGCCAAACUCCUGCGGAAGACAAAGUUUUGUUCACCCUCGUCAAUGGACAGACGAAAGAGCCGGGUUCCGCGAAAACGGAGCAACAGCAGAUUCAAGCGACGAGCGGUAAGAAGAAAAAGAGCAAAGGGAACAGCGGGGGCAAUCAGAACCAAAAUGGCAAUCAAUCACAGCAGACAGGAAAAGUCCAAGCGACCACGAAACAACAAACCUUGCAGAAAGGUAACGAUUCCAAAGUUGGAAAGCAUCAGCAACAACAACAGACUAACAAUGAGAAAUCUAAAGGUAAAAAAGGUUCGGAAGAGAAAAAAGUCUUGCAGGAAAGUCAGCUGAGCAAUAUCGAACCUAAGAGUACAAAGUCGAAGAAGGAAAAGAAAAACGCGGAAUCGAAGCAGAUCGUAGCUCCGGCAACUACAGCGAAAAGUAAAAAUUUACAGUCGCAACAACAACAAACGCAGCAGAGCUCCGGUAAAAAGCAGAACAAAGCAAACACGACACAGCAGACUCCUGUCACCCAAAAAUCACAACAGAAUGCAAAUGCGCCCAGUGAAAAUAGCAAGAAAAAGUCAAAGGCACAACGGCAACAACAAAACGAGCAGAAUGCUCAAGCGAACCUUCCAAAGAGUAAAAAGAAGCCCGAAGUUGCAACAAACAAUAAAAAGCAGCCUGUUGAAAACGAGAGUCAAAAAAAUCGAACAAAGAGUAAUCAAACGACGAUUAAGCAGCAAAGAGCGAACGACGAAUCGACGAAAGAUAUUUCUGAACGUCAUAACGCUCUUCUCAGUAGCCAGCUCAAGGACUUUGGUCCAACCUCGAAAAUUAAUAUAGAGAAUCUCAAAUUACCACCAGGUAUUACAAUCACGAAAGUUGACGCGCCAGCCAAGUCUCUUCCCAUCAAAUCUGCUCCGAUGCCUAAACCCGUAACUGCUACCAAACAAACAACCAUUAUCGCAGCACCGAUGAGCGGCGUGCAGUCCAGUUACCCUGGUCCACAGACUGCUGGCAAUGUAAUCGUUGUCGAUACAGGAAAACUUAAGCAGGAUCUCCUUCCGAAAAAUAACGAUAAAUCUAAAGAACCUCAGAAAGACUCGCAGGCAGGUUCGACCGCAGUAUCAGGCAAGAAGAAGAAAAAGAAGAAGGGGAAGAAUUCGGCUGUUGUUGGAACUGGAGUAAGCGUUGGGAAUGGUUCGAGUCGAGGUGGCAAUGAUUCAGGGAAGGAGAACGGCGACGAGUCAGCAAAAAUAGUGCACAAUCCUGGCUCGAAUAUGAUCACGAUAAGGAAUCCGGCGUUUGGUCCCGCUCCGAAGAUCGAUACGACACCGCAGGCGGCGAUAAUAAAAGUUUCGGAGAACGGAAUGGUCACGAUAAGGAGUCCGGCGCUUCAGCAAGCCAUAAAUGCGGGUUUGACGCCUCCGUCGCAGCCCGAUUUCGUUGUCAAAGGUGAUCCUUCCUUGAGCAACAAUAAUAGCUCGAUUACGAACAACAGAUCAACGUUGACACCCACCAAUUCGACGAAUCACAAAAAUGCGAACGGUAUUGUUUCACCGAGUUUGGCGGAGUUUCGAAGUAGACUCACGGCAGAUUGCACCUCGUUACCUGGGCUCGCAAACAUUCACAUCAGCAAAGUGACCAAUGGUCAACCGAUCCCCGAGCGAGGAAUCAAUCUCCGAGGCACUAGCGUCACUCUUACUAAAGUCAGAUCUCCGGACGUGCCCAUCUCGACAUCUCUCGUUAGUACCAAAACGAAUAACACCGCCAACAUAGAGGAAGUUCAGCAAGCCAAAACCGCUGUUAGAGAAGCCAUUAACGCUACUAUUAACGUCCCCGCUACUAGUAGCAAAGGCAAGAAGAAGAAAAAGCGUGGCAAUGGGACUAAACACUCCGGGGAUGACUGGAAUCUCGUUGAGAGUGUAUUCACGCCAAAAGAUAUAGACCUCGAAGAUGGAGAAAUGGACGAUGCGGAGCGCGAGUUAGAGGCGUUCAAACGUUUCUGUCUACAAUCUGUGCCACCACCGAGGAAGGAAAAGGUCAAUCUUAAUAUCAAGGACAUCGUAUUGAAGAAGAAGUCGUCGUCGUCUUCGUCAUCGUCGUCUUCGUCGGGAGGAGCCGCUGCGCCGGUUAUCGCUGCGAAUUAAUAUCGUUAUUAGGACCUAUUGUGUUUUUGAGGAUUUCGAAAGGUUCGCCCGAACAAUAACUGCCAUGGUUAGCGCUUUAGUCGCAAAAGAAAAACAAAAACACAUGACAAACAAACCCGAACAACAUGCAAGAUUUGUCCGACUAUUUUUAGAGUCGAAUUAACAAGGAAUCACGGUCACAAAAAUACAGUUUGGCGGGCAAACGAGUGCUUUUUUCAGUACAAAAGAGUGCCGCGAAAAUUUUUAUAUAGGCCCGAAAGUUAGGAAAAAAAGCGAAGAGUAAUCGGAAGAAAAAAAACGGUUCUAUCACUGUUGUCGGGGUAGAAAAGAGUGAGAGAGAAACUGAAAUUGUAUGAUUGCGAGUUCUCUCCUGUCUGGAUGAACGAAAAUCGUCACACACGUGAACCCGUUAAAAAAUAUUGUAAAUGUCUCGUUGCGUUGAACGCAAAUGCAUCACACUCUCGUCCGUUUUGUGACGCUCGAUCGCGCUGUGCACGCUCCGCAAAUUGUGUACACCGAAGUUUAGGAAUUUUAUUAUUAUUAUUAUUAUUAUUAUUAUUAUUAUUAUUAUUAUUAUUUAGUGUAUUGAAGGCAUCACGUUAAACACGAGAGCUGACUAAGAGAAACAAGGAUUAAAAUGAGGAGUAAAGAAAUAGGAGCGAAAGAGAGCAUGAAAAAGUAAUCGUCGCGUGUGAGACAAAUUUGAAAUGUUGAGUGAUAAAGAAAAAGACGAAGAGUGCGGCGAUCGAUAGAAUAAGGACGCAAAGGGUGAAAAAAGAGCCUGGCGCGUAACGUCAAACGUCUCGCGGGCCUUACCGUUGUGACAAAAAAACACAUACACACACACAAACACCUACACAUGCCUGUCGAAGAGCUUCGAAGCUUUCGACAAUCUUUGGGCACAGGAACUUUCAUUGCCCAAUUACAAAAACAAUGCAUUUUGUACGACGAGCUUUAGUUAUUAAUUCUGUAUGUAUGUAUAAUGUAUCUGUGCGUAGGACGUGGCAACUCUGAAUGUCAAAUUCAGUUUUCUAUCGUCGAGAUAUACAUAUAUAUAUAUAUAUAUAUAUAUAAAUUUUCAAUUUAUCCAGCGGGGAUACUUGAUAUUCAGGCUCUCCGAUGAUCGUAAUCAUCGAUCGUCACCACCCCACUGGAUACGAAAAAAAAACAAACAAUUGUAGAAGUUGCGAGAUUUCGAAAUGAUCGUUAUCACUACGAAGAAUCAUCAUUUCAAUGUCUGUCACAGUUUAUUGGUUCGUUUUUUUCUCUUCUCUUUCAUUCUUUCCAAUAAAACAGAGAAAUCGAUUAUAAUAUUUA